AUGUCAACAUCAGCGCUCAACAUCGCCGCUCUCGGCCCGUCGAGAUGGCCUCAAGCAGUCGAAUGUGCUUGCCCAAGCAUUCUCAAUCCCAGACAUGCGGCACACCUGCGGCUGUAUGCUAGCAGCGCAACAGCUCGAAGGAGAUUCAGCAGCCCAGCUCGUGCGCGAGAGGGGCAACGAGGCGGUGGAGGCGGACUUCUGAGGGCAGCGCUGCUGGGCAUUUUCGGAGCUGGAACAUACUUGCUGGGCUCAUUGUAUCCACCAAGCUACAUUAGCCUGCUAUACCCAGCACCCGCGCCUCCCAAGCUGGACAAGGACUCUGAAGCGGGCAUCGCUCAUUGUGCAGAGAUCGAACGAAGGCUGCUCACCUUGGCUGCAGUUCAAAAGCUCAAGGCGAGCGCUAGUCCGGCUACUACCAACUCACCCCUGCAAUCAUCAACCGAUCAAGCAUCUUCUGCUGCGCCUGUCCAACUAGCAAGCGGAUCUAACCCUGUCACUGAACCGCCCAUGGAGUCUGCCAAUCCCAACAAUACAGCACACUACAUCAUGUCUCGUCCUUAUGCACGCUUUCCAGCUUCCAAAGCGCUGCACAGCCUGACUGCUGGCUCGCUGCGUGGUCCAGGAUUGUUCGCCACUGCUCCGUUGGUGAUGAGCCUGACUCCACACGGAGCUGGAGCACUGGGAGGUCACGAAGGAGAUGCGUACGCCUUUCUUCACCUGGGCAGAUCCAUGUGCGGACACGACGGUUUGAUACACGGAGGCUUGCUGGCUACGGUGCUGGACGAGACGUUGGCACGAACGGCCUUUUUCAGCUUGCCUCAUCACGUCGGUGUGACGGCGCGGCUGGAAGUGGACUAUAGAGCCCCGGUCAAGGCGGAUCAGUUUGUCGUGGUCAGGACGGAGAAGGUGGAGUCUAAAGGAAGGAAGUGCACGGUGCAAGGUAGCAUACAAAGCUUGGAUGGGCAGAUCUUGGUACAAGCCAAAGCCAUCUUUGUGGAACCGAGAAUGGCAAAGUUUUUGGACAAUAGUCUGGUCAAACAGGCCAUGGAUACGGAUGGAGAGGCAGCAAAAGCGCCCUUGAUCACUCCCGUCGUUGUUGAAAAAGCUUAA